AUACCACCGAACGCUGUUUAUGGACCGUUAAACGCUAUAUCGGCUGCCUUUUUUUCGUUUGCUGGUCAGUCUUUUUUUCGGUUCGGUUUAGUCAGUAAUUGAGCGCAUCAGAUUACGAUGAGUGAUGUAAAUUGUGCUAAAGAGAGUGAUAAUUGUCACAGGCAGCACAUCAAACGUCCCAUGAAUGCUUUUAUGGUGUGGUCGAGGAUACGCAGGAAGCACAUCUCUAAUGACUACCCUAGACUUCACAAUUCGGAAAUUUCCAAGUUGCUUGGAGCAGAAUGGAAAAUGUUAACAGAAAGUGAAAAAAUGCCCUUCAUAGACGAAGCGAAAAGACUAAGAAGCCAACACAUGUCCGACUAUCCAGACUACAAAUACAAACCCAGAAGAAAAACCAAAGAACCUAACAAAGAGCUGGAAUGUAGUGAAGCCAAAAAGGGUCCCAAGUACUCUGACCCUUUACAGGUUGCCAUUAAUAGAACUUUUUAUGGAACUAGUGAUAAAGCUAUACCAAAUCAAUAUACAGAAGCACCUUAUAGACCUUACAGCUCCCCCUUACCACCAUUUUCUGAAACUUUAUCAGCCCAUUCAACAUCCAUGUCAAACUAUCAACCCAAAUAUGAUUACGCUGAAAUAGCUUCAGCACAUACAGACAGCAACAUUCUUCCAGAAUUCAAUACAAGCUCUCACCCACUGCCCUCAUAUAACUCGUUGCCAGGAAAUGUACACCAUAGAGCCCUACUAAGGGCAGCCUCUUUCUAUGCUUAUCACGACUUAGCUUCAAACAACACCUUACCUGUAUAUUUUCCACAAAUUUAAAUAAAAAUAGACAAAUCUUUGUCUAAAACUCAUAUAUUA